AUGUCUCUCUCUACUGAAGACGUUGGCAAAGGCCAACCAUCGCACAUAGAGUCCAGCCCCAACUCGGUAAUCGACACUCCCACUUAUCAUGCUGACGUCGACACAUCUCAGAUUGACGAAAAGAAAUUACUGCGGAAAGUUGACAUGCGUUUGAUCCCUUGGCUUAGUCUACUAUACUUGCUGAGUUUUCUGGACCGAACGAGCAUUGGAAACGCCAAGACUGUCCAAGGUCUCGUGCAUAAUUAUGGUGGCUUACUCGGAAUGAGAUGGAUGCUCGGAACGUUCGAAGCCGGCCUAUUUCCAGGAGUGAAUUACUAUUUAUCAUGCUGGUACAAACGCUCCGAGUUCGGUAUUCGUGCAGCACUAUUCUUUAGUGCAGCAACGGUUAGUGGUGCAUUCGGUGGACUCCUGGCAGCAGCAAUCAGCAAGAUGGAUGGAAUUGGUGGGAAACCGGCAUGGGCCUGGAUUUUCAUACUUGAGGGUCUAGCCACGGUCCUAGCAGGUGCCGCGUCGUUCUGGAUCAUCCAAGACUUCCCGGACGAAGCCAAGUUCCUAACUGAAGAAGAACGCGCUUUUAUCGUGCGCCGGCUUCAGUCGGACGACCAGUUCAGCGCUGCAGGUGAAAAGCUCAGGGCCAAAUAUAUUUUCCAGGCCUUGAAAGAUUGGAAGACAUGGCUUGGAAUGCUGUGCUACGCUGGAAGCGACGCGCCUUUGUAUGCGUUCUCCUUGUUCACGCCAAGUAUAAUCAAUCAACUCGGAUAUACGGCGACGCCCGCAAACUUACUUAGUGUACCUGUAUAUGCAUGGGCAUGUAUACUUACCGUUGGAGUUGGGUAUAUGGCCGACAGAAUAGGAAAUCGCGGUGUCUUCAAUUUAAUAUUCUUUACAAUCGGGCUGGCAGGUUAUAUUAUUUUGAUCGCCUCGCGUAAUCCGGCACUUUCGUACUUUGCUGUGUACCUUGCCGCAAGUGGUAUUUAUCCUCUAAUUCCCAAUACUAUUGCCUGGAUGAGCAACAACGUCGAAGGAUCGUACAAGCGGAGCGUGGCUCUUGGGAUGAUUAUCAGCUUUGGAAACUUGAACGGUGCAGUAAGCUCAAAUAUCUACCGCGCACGCGAUAAACCAUGGUACAGUCUUGGCCACGGCAUUGUACUCAUGUACAUCGUGAUUGGCUGGAUUACGUCUCUUGCGUUUAUCAUCCUGCUUCGUAGGGAAAACGCGAAGCGGGAACGUGGGGAGCGUGACGAAGUCAUCACCGGGGAUAUUCAUAAUGACGAAAAGGCCGUGGAAAGCCGGAACGGAGUGUAUUCCACAGUCGAAGAGGCCAAAAGAGACAAAGGAGAUGAUUGGAGCGGAUAUCGCUAUAUUACCUAG